AUGGCACAGCCCUUGGCUCGGGGACAUUCUGGGAGCGCCCUGGGAGGCUGGGCCUAUGGGCCAGGAAUGAACCUCAGCUUUUCCAAGCCGAGGAACGUCUGCGGGGGAAAGUGCUGCCCGGGAUGGACAACGGCAAACAGCACCAACCACUGUAUCAAACCUGUGUGCCAGCCGCCGUGCCAGAACAGGGGCUCCUGCAGCCGGCCCCAGCUCUGUGUGUGUCGUUCUGGCUUCCGCGGAGCCCGCUGUGAGGAGGUCAUCCCCGAGGAGGAAUUUGACCCCCAGAACUCCAGGCCAGCUCCCCGACGCUCAGCCGAGGGUUCACACAACUUGCGCAGGAGCAGUGCAGCCAGAGAAAGCGCAGCGGCCAGAGCACAGCCACUGACACCACAGCUGCCACCAGCCAGGAGCCUGAGUGAGCUCAGCCAGCCCCGCCCCUCCCAGCCGCGCGUGGGGCUGUCCCGGACCGUCAGACUUUACCCGGCCACCUCAGCCAAUGGCCAGCUGACGUCCAAUGCCCUGCCCGCGGGACCAGGCCUUGAGCGGAGGGAUGGUGCCCAGCAGGCAGCAUACCUGGACCACCCGUCAUCCCCCUGGGGUCUGAACCUCACGGAGAAAAUCAAGAAGAUCAAGAUCAUCUUCACUCCUACCAUCUGCAAGCAGACCUGUGCCUAUGGGCACUGUGCCAACAGCUGCGAGCGUGGCGACACCACCACCCUGUACAGCCAGGGCGGGCAUGGGCAUGACCCCAAGUCUGGCUUCCGCAUCUAUUUCUGCCAGAUCCCCUGCCUGAAUGGAGGCCGCUGCAUCGGCAGGGACGAGUGCUGGUGCCCCUCCAACUCCACCGGGAAGUUCUGCCACUUGCCCGUCCCAAAGCUGGACAGGGAUCUUGUAGAGAGGGGCUCCCACCACAGGGUCCUGCUGGAGGGCCCAUUGAGGCAGUCCACCUUCACCUUGCCGCUCUCCAACCAGCUGGCCUCUGUGAACCCCUCCUUGGUGAAGGUGCACAUUCACCACCCGCCCGAGGCCUCCGUGCAGGUGCACCAGGUGGCGCGGGUGCGGGGCGAGGCCGAGGAGGCCCCGGAGGAGAACAGCGUGGAGACCAGACUUGUGCCCCGGCUCUCUGCCAGCCCUGGCCACGGCCACUGGGACAGCAACAGCAUCCCCACUCGGCAUGGAGAGGCCCCUCGGCCACUGCCCCCGGCGGCACCCAGGCCUCAGGGGCUGCUGGGCCGGUGUUACCUGAGCAGCAUGAACGGCCAGUGUGCCAACCCACUGCUGGAGCUGACUACCCAAGAGGACUGCUGUGGCAGUGUGGGGGCCUUCUGGGGGGUGACCCUGUGUGCCCCCUGCCCGCCCAGACCAGCCUCUCCAGUGAUUGAAAAUGGCCAGCUGGAGUGUCCCCAGGGGUACAAGAGACUCAACCUCACUCACUGCCAAGAUAUCAACGAGUGCCUGACCCUGGGCCUGUGCAGGGACUCCGAGUGCGUGAACACCAGGGGCAGCUACCUGUGCACCUGCAAGCCCGGCCUCAUGCUGGAUCCCUCGAGGAGCCGCUGCGUGUCGGACAAGGCUGUCUCCAUGCAGCAGGGGCUGUGCUACCGGUCCCUGGGGCCAGGCACCUGCACCCUGCCUCUGACCCAGAGGAUCACCAAGCAGAUAUGCUGCUGCAGCCGAGUGGGCAAAGCAUGGGGCAGCAAGUGUGAGAAAUGCCCCCUGCCUGGCACAGAGGCCUUCAGGGAGAUCUGUCCCGCCGGCCAUGGCUACACCUACUCGAGCUCAGACAUCCGCCUGACCAUGAGGAAAGCCGAGGAGGAGGAACUGGCCAGGCCCUCGAGGGAGCAAGGGCAGAAGACCAGUGGGACCCUGUCCAGACCAGCGGAGAGGCAGCCACUCCGGGCGGCCACCAGCACCUGGCUGGAGGCUGGGACCAUUCCUGAUAAGGGUGACUCUCAGGCUGGCCAGGUCACAAGCAGUGUUACCCAAGUCCCUGCCUGGGUCCCAGGAGAUGCCACAGGAAGGCCAACGCCACCACUGCCUGGACAGGGGAGUCUAGAGACCCGGGAAGAGCAAGUGACCACCCCCACCGACGUGCUGGUGGCCCUGGGCCCCCCAGGUACCUGCAGCCGGCCCUGA